CCGGCGCGAGAGAAAUGGCUCGAUACCGAUAGCCGUUUCGAAAAUAGACAGGGCCGCCUUGAUCCCCCCUGUCCAUACACACCACCCCCCGUCCUCUUUUUCAGUCCCUUCCAAUCCAUCUCUCUUUUUUCUCUCUUGGUGCUCAGGAGCGACUCGUGAGGUAGAACUUGCGCACUAGUUCUGCGAGUCCGCACCAAGUUUCUGACCUGGAAUAACGGCGACCGCUAACGAAUACAUCUAAAAGCGGAAAGGUUAACCGACACGGAAAAGGGGAAGAGGAGAUUUAAAGACAGAAUCAGUGUAUAUUCCCCAAAAUACAGAGCAAUGAGUCGCAGCAUUGUGCGCCAGAGUAAGUUCCGGCAUGUUUUUGGGCAGGCGGCAAAGGCGGAGCAGAGUUAUGAUGAUAUACGGGUUUCCAAGGUGACGUGGGACAGCUCCUUCUGUGCAAUUAACCCAAAGUUUUUGGCAGUUAUAGUGGAGUCCAGUGGAGGUGGAGCCUUCUUGGUAAUGCCUCUUUCAAAGAUGGGUCGAGUGGACAAAAACUACCCCCUUGUGGUUGGACACUCGGGGCCUGUUUUGGACAUUGACUGGUGUCCUCACAAUGACAACAUCCUGGCCAGCUGCUCUGAGGACACCACUGCCAUGGUAUGGCAGAUCCCUGACCACACCCCCUCUCGCCCCAUUAGUGAGCCCAUUGUAGUAUUGGAGGGCCACUCUAAACGGGUGGGCAUCAUCAAAUGGCACCCCACUGCCCGCAACAUACUCCUCACUGCAGGCAGUGAUAAUCUGAUCAUCAUUUGGAACGUGGGCACUGGAGAACCCCUGAUCACUAUGGAUGAGCAUCCCGACCUCAUCUACAACAUCAGCUGGAACUACAACGGCAGCCUGUUCUGCACCACCUGCAAAGACCGGCGUCUCAGAGUGUGUGAUCCCCGCAAAGGCGAGGUGGUGGCGGAGAGACUCGCCCCACAUGAGGGCAUCCGGCCGAUGAGAGCUAUCUUUACCAGAGAGGGCAACAUUUUCACAACAGGUUUCACCAGAAUGAGCCAGAGAGAGCUUGGCCUGUGGGAUCCGACUAAUUUUGAAGAGCCCAUUGCAUUACUGGAGCUGGACACAAGUAAUGGAGUUUUAUUGCCUUUUUAUGAUCCAGACACCAACAUUGUGUAUCUAAGUGGCAAGGGUGACAGCAGCAUUCGCUAUUUUGAGAUUACAGAGGAGCCUCCAUAUGUGCAUUACAUCAGCACAUAUAGUAGCAAAGAGCCACAGAGAGGAAUGGGCUUUAUGCCCAAGAGAGGAGUGGAUGUCAGCAAGUGUGAAAUUGCCAGAUUAUAUAAACUCCAUGAGAGAAAAUGUGAACCAAUCAUGAUGACAGUACCCAGAAAGUCGGACCUGUUCCAGGAUGAUCUGUACCCAGACACAGCAGGUCCAGAUCCAGCACUGGAACCUGAAGAAUGGUUAGAAGGACGAGAUGCAGACCCCAUACUAGUGUCAAUGAGAGAUGGCUAUGUUCCUCCAAAGAGCAGAGAGCUAAAGGUGUCCAAGAAGAACGUUCUGGACACCAGGCCCGCAACACAUAGAAGCAUGUCUGCUGUAGAUGGAAGCAGUUUGCCACCUCAGUUGUUGGAGAAGCUUGUUGAGGAGAUCAAAAGUCUGAAGGCCACAAUUCUUUCUCAGGAGAAGCGAAUCUGUGACUUAGAGAAUAAGCUCUCCAAGUAUACUAAUGGCACAGUUUAAACACAUCAAUAAAGCCAACUCAGCCUAUGUACACUGACCAAUUCACUGCUAACCCUAACAACUAAAUUAUGAGCACUGAUAUGCCAAGCCACCCCAAUUAACCCCAGCUAUGAUUAUUUUUAUCCUAGAUAACACUGUAACUGUAGUUCCUUAACUGAAACGCCAUUUGACUUCACAAAGCCUUUUUAAAUGUGAAUGAAUCCCUUAUAGUUAUUGUUACCAAAAUUAGGCAUUUUGGUAAUAUUUUGGAGUAUUAUAAGAUUAAUUUUGCAAAGGCACUUAUGAUGCUUUUCCUGCUGCUUUAUAGUAGUUCUGGUAAUAUUGUGUGGUACUACACAGUAUAAGUUAUAUUCCUUUAAUGCUUAAGGAAUCAUAAGUUUAUCAAGUGGCCUUUAUGUCAGCUUUGUAUUAGUUAUGUAAAGGCUGCCUUUAUUUGAGGAAUUACAAAUGCUUGUAUGUACUUGCAGCUUUGUAACCUUAAAAUGCAGACAAAGAAGGACAAAAGAAAUUGAGCUGCAGCUUCCUGUAGUUAACAAUCACAGUUUCUUUGGUAGUCUCUAUGUGAACAUACCUCAUUGUAAAAACCAGGACCUGAGAUACGAUAGUAGCAUAUGUAUCUUUUAUUUGGUUGGCUCUGGCCAAGCAAGAUCUAUGACAUUACUAUGAAAUGUCAGGACAUUAGUAAGCUCUGUAAGGGUACUGCACAUCACAUAUUGCCAUUUCAUCCUUUAAGAAUAGUUCACACAAAAAUGCAAAUUCUGACAUCAUUUACUCACCUAGUUCCAUGUUAACAUGUAGUUCCAAACCUUUUUGUUUAGGACAUGUUUAGCAGAAUGUCCAAAGUACUCUUUUCUAUACAAUGAAAGUGAAUGGGAACUGGGGCUGUCAAGCUCCAAAAAUGACAAAAAAGCAUUAUAAAGAACCAUAAAAUGGUCCAUAAACUAGAGUAUAUUCCAAGUAUUUGUAAAAAAAUAAAUAAAUAACAAAAUAAAAAUCUAAUUUAAAUCUCAAAAGUAAUUCUCCUUUUUCCUUUGUGCAUGUUCAAACCUGGGCCUCAAGACAUAUUGUAGCUAGAUGAACAUCAGUGUAUCAAACAUCAUUGGUGUAAAGUGCCUCCUGCCUGAUUGCGAAGCAACACAUUUGAAUGUUUUGAAUUGAACACAAUGAGAUUUGAAAGCUGUGUAACUUCAAGUCGACUACUUUUUAGCACUUUUUGGAGAUUGACAACCCUAUGCCUAUUCACUUUCAUUUUAUGUUAUAGAGCAGCCUGGACAUUCUGCUAAAUAUCUCUUUUGGUGUUCCAUGAAAGAAGAAAAAUAAUACAGGAAUGAAAUGAGGGUGAAUAGAUGAUUAAAUCAUUUUCAUUUUUGGAAUUAUUCCUUUAAGUCAGUUGCCUAUGGCUUCAGGGCAAAUCUUUACACAUCAUUUCACAUCUUUGUAUAAGCUAAAUCUAAUAAUCAAGUCCUACAUGACAAAAGGAUGUUUGCAUAGAGAGCAUGUCCCCAAUUGUCCCUCUUCUUUGAGGAGUGCUUGCAUUAUUGGCUCUUACAAUGUUGAUAACCUGUCACUUCACACACCCCUGCCUUUCCAGCUUUGACCAACACAAUUAAAACUCAUGUGGCUUCUGUUUAACAUUUCAAAAUGUAAAUAAUAUUCUAGAAAAGAAAAACAAAAAAUGAAAAAAAUAACAAAAUAUCAAAACCAAAGACAUUAUUUUUUGUUUUAUGUAGAUUAUAAUUUGUGUUAUUAUGGUUUGAAUAAAACUUUUUGUAUAAAAAUGUU